AUGGAAAAUGAAAGAAUACGCGGUUGGAAAGCUGUACAGAAAGCGCUUCCACGUAUUAUACAUUAUGGUCAAAAUGAGGGUUUAUUACUUUUAAAUAGUAUGAAGCGAUUGCAGCUAAUAGGUUCAUCGUAUUUGUCUAAUGUUGUGAUACAAGCAAAAGUAGCAACUGAAAUUUCUGAUCGUCGUUUAACAGAUAAAGUACAAAUACCCACUAAUGAUAUAACAAUUAUGCAUGAGGCUAUACCAUUUCUACCGGUUCCGGUUGCUUUACUAUGCCUCUUCUUUAAUAUUAUCAUACCUGGAUCAG